GCAUUAUCACAAAGAAUCAGGUGACUUUAAUGAGUAUUAAUUAGUAUAAACGAGUAUUUGAUUUAAAUAUUGUUCGUAUUAAAUUUAAAGAUUAAGAGAUUAAAAGAAAUUAAUUUAGAGGUAUACUAUUUAAUUGUCGUUUUGUUUUUGAUAUGACUACGAAUCUGGUAGUUAGUGGAAAUAAUGGUAUGAGAAUUCACGUUAAAGUCAAUCCUAAUAUGUCAGUUCUCAAUGUACUGGAAUUAGCAUGUACUAAAAUGAAAGUUGAUUACAAUAAUUAUGAUUUAAAGUAUCACAACAAAAUAUUAGAUUCUACUAAUAUCUUAAGGUUUUCUAAUAUUGCUAAUAAUGCUAUAUUAGAACUAGUACCUACUACAAAAUCUAAACUAAAAAGCAUUGUUGUUAUAUGGCUUCAGUUAGAAGAUGGUUUGAGAUUAUCUGGAGAAUUCACACCAGACCAAAAUUUAUGGGAAGUUGUUCAGUCAAUAUUGAAAGAUAAAGUAAUUAAUUAUGAGAGUCCUACUAUAAUUUAUACUAGAAUAGAAAUUAUUGAUAAAGAUAAACUACAAAAUAAAACACUUAAAGAUUUGAGUCUUAUAAAUGGAAAAGCUUUAUUGGGAUUUCUUAACAAAAAAGAAUUAGUAGAACAAGCUCAUGUUUAUGUUCCUGCAGAGAGGAAACCAAAAGUUGAAGAAAAAAUACAAUUGAAAAAUCUGUUGUUGAUAAUACGUGUAAAAAAUGAAGAGGCUAUUAUCAGACUAAGUAAUGAAGAUCUUAAUAAUUUUAAAGCAUCUAUUAAAUAUUUGGAUGAAAGAGAAACUCUACUAUUUAAUAUUAUGGAUGGAAUUUCUAUAAUUUAUAAAGAUGAAGAAGAUGAUUUUUUUGAACCAACUAUAAGAGAUGUAACUCUAGUUUUCCGAGAUAUAAAAAACUACAGAUCUCAACUAGAUGAUGGACAAUUAUCUACAAAUGCAAUGAAAGAAUUAGAAAAAACUCAAAAUAAAUUAAAUAUAUUACACAAGUACAAAAAAUGUAUUGUAAAAAUACAUUUUCCUGAUCGAUUAGUGCUGCAAAGUGUAUUUAAGCCUACAGAAAGUAUUGGAGAUGUUACUAACUUUAUCAGAAAAUAUUUGAUAAAUAUUACGUUAUCUCUUAAAUGUCGAGAGGGGAUUGUACCUCUUUAGACCACGUAGUGCAUGAAAUUUCCUCCAAACUUAAACUGUUGUCUUUCAUACCAUAAGAAAUUUUUCUUCGAACGUCUUUAUAUUUGAUAGUAGUUUUAGUUUUAGUUAUUAAUGAGGUGGACAUAAUUCCCAUACACUCAGAUCUGUUGGUCCAUUGUGCACACAUACCGAAUUGUCUUGAUUCGGUUUGCACAACUAAGUGUUAUUACAUUAUAUCUAUCUUUAUAUUAUGGCUCACUCUCUGUAGAUGAUCGAAGAGUCCUGUCUUUCUGGCCAAAUUAAGUAUUUUUCUAGGUCUUAGGUUUUUAAUAUCUUCUUUUUCAGGAAAAGGUUUACUCAAGUAGUUUGAUCUUAGUGUGGACAAGUCUUCACAUUCGCAGAUAAUGUGAAAAAAGUCUUACUCUUCUACUUCACACUUUCUGCACAAGGGCGAUUCAAUAGAUAGUGUUUAUUUUUUAGAAAGAAUGUUUGGAAUAUUCUUAUUUCCUUACUUAUAUCACAAUUAAAAGUUAUAUAAGUAGAACAUAAAA